AUGGCGGGUCCGACAGCUGCAGCCCUGCGGCCCGGAGCCCUCCUGCUUCUGCUGUGUAUCCUCCACCCCUCGCAGCCCGGAGGGGUCCCAGGGGCUGUUCCUGGUGGAGUGCCUGGAGGCGUCUUCUACCCAGGCGCUGGUCUCGGAGGCCUGGGAGUAGGAGCACUGGGCCCUGGAGGCAAACCACCCAAGCCAGGUGCCGGAGGGCUCGUAGGCGCUGGCCUUGGGGCAGGGCUCGGGGCCUUUCCUGCAGGGGCCUACCCAGGAGCUCUGGUGCCCGGCGGCCUGGCUGGCGCUGCUGCAGCCUAUAAAGCCGCUGCCAAGGCCGGUGCUGCGGGGCUUGGUGGGGUCGGCAGCAUUGGUGGCUUAGGAGUGUCUACGGGUGCGGUGGUACCUCAGCUCGGAGCAGGAGUUGGAGCUGGAGGGAAACCCGGGAAGGUGCCAGGUGUGGGGCUCCCAGGUGUAUACCCAGGUGGAGUGCUCCCAGGCGCAGGAGCUCGGUUUCCGGGUGUAGGGGUGCUCCCUGGUGUUCCCACUGGAGCAGGAGUCAAGCCCAAGGCCCCAGGUGGAGGCGGAGCUUUUGCUGGAAUCCCAGGAGUUGGACCCUUUGGAGGUCAGCAGCCUGGAGUCCCUCUGGGGUACCCCAUCAAGGCACCCAAGCUGCCAGGUGGCUACGGACUGCCCUACAGCACUGGGAAACUGCCCUAUGGCUAUGGGCCUGGAGGAGUAGCUGGUGUCGCGGGCAAGGCCGGGUACCCGACGGGGACAGGGGUUGGCACACAGGCUGCUGCAGCAGCAGCAACUAAAGCAGCAGCAAAGCUUGGUGCUGGAGCAGCCGGAGUUCUCCCUGGCAUUGGUGUUGGCAUUCCUGGCGUGAUUCCUGGCAUUGGAGGCAUCGCAGGGGUCGGGGCUCCAGAUGCUGCUGCUGCCGCUGCUGCUAAGGCAGCCAAAUAUGGAGCUGCUGGAGGCUUAGUGCCUGGUGGGCCAGGCUUUGUCCCAGGAGCAGUCGGCAUCCCAGGAGUUGGAGUCCCAGGUGUUGGGGUCCCAGGUGUUGGAGUCCCUGGUGUUGGAGUCCCAGGUGUUGGAGUCCCUGGUGUUGGAGUCCCUGGUGUUGGAGUCCCAGGUGUUGGGGUCCCAGGUGUUGGAGUCCCAGGGGCUGUGUCACCAGCUGCAGCUGCUAAAGCAGCAGCCAAAGCAGCCAAAUUCGGGGCCAGAGGCGGAGUGGGAGUUGGAGGUAUUCCCACUUUCGGCGUUGGUGCUGGGGGCUUUCCUGGCUACGGUGUCGGAGUCGGAGCUGCAGCCCAGGCAGCCGCCGCCAAGGCAGCCAAGAUUGGUGCUGCAGGAGCAGGAGCCCUGGGAGGGCUGGUGCCCGGUGCCGGAGGAGAAAUACCAGGUGUGCCAGGCGCUGUAGGGGUACCAGGGGCAGGGAUCCAGGCAGCUGCAGCCGCCAAAGCAGCCGCUAAAGCAGCCCAGUUCGGGUUAGGCCCGGGUGUCGGCGUGGGUCCCGGUGUCGGUCUGGUUCCCGGAGUCGGCGUGGGUCCCGGUGUUGGCAUUGGCCCCGGUGGUGUCAUAGGAGCAGGGGCCCCAGCUGCAGCCAAAUCCGCUGCUAAGGCGGCAGCCAAAGCCCAGUUCCGGGCUGCCGCUGGGCUUCCUGCCGGCGUUCCCGGAUUUGGAGCCGGUGUUGGAGUUCCUGGACUUGGAGUUGGUGUUGGUGUUCCUGGAUUUGGGGCAGGUGAGGGGGUGCCAGGGCUUUCCGCAGUACCUGGCGCCCUGCCCGCAGCUAAAGCUGCCAAGUAUGGACCAGGAGGGGCCGGGGCCCUUGGAGAGGUUGGAGAUCUUGGCGGAGUCGGUGUCCCAGGUGGUGUGGCAGGAGCCGGACCUGAUGCUGUGGCUGCUGCCGCCAAAGCUGCUGCCAAAUUGGUACCCAAGCAUCGAAACCCUCAAACUGGAUUCGGUCACACCAUCUCUUGGCCCCCUUGGCCACCUCUCCCCUUACCAAUGGCUAUUCCCCAUGUCUGGGGCACCUUCAGGUCGGAAGAUUCCCCCCAUUGGGAAUAGCCCUCUUGCUCUUGUGGAAUUCAUCCACCCAUAUGCCCAUCCGUCCAUCCGUCCUGGUCCCCAUUUGGCUGCCCGGCACCGCUAGCUGGCUGGGCGCCCCUACCAUCAACUCGAUUAACCUGUCAUGGCAGCCUGUGCCCUGCCUCUGCCCCACCACAUACACCCCUACGUAGGGGCCCCGAGUCCAUUGUGAGGGGCUGUCCCGACUGGGGCAGCCGGAAUCUCCCUCCCAAACUGGGUCUCCCCCCACGCAGUACUGUAUCCCCAGUCCCCCCACCGGAGCCAGUGUGCUUCAGAGCAUAUCCCCCCCUGCCCCGCCCAUCUCUUUGUGUCUCGCUGUGA